AUGAGUGUUGAAUUACCACUUACAGGAUGGAUUGAUAUUCGAAUUAAUUUAUCAAAUAAAAUCAAGAAAUAUUAUUACGUUUUAGAAGGUAAUAAAUUAAUAUUAUACAAAGAUGAAGAUAAAAAGAAAGAAGUUUUUUCAAUAAACUUAAAAAAUGGGAAAUUAUGUUAUCUGAGUGCAGAACAAGAAGUUAUUGAUCCAGUGAAAAUAGAAAUCACAUUUGAUUUAUUAGAAAAUGAAUAUUAUCAAUUUGAAUGUAAUAAUAAACAAACACUAGCAUUAUGGAUUAAAACAUUAUCUUCUUAUUGUUGUGUUGCUGGAAUUACUCAUUAUCCAUUACACACUAUUACAUUUAAAAGUAAUUAUUGCAUUCCAUUAAUCCUUGCUAAAUGUUUUAAAACCAUUGAUGAAUAUCAAUAUCAACCUUCUUCUCCUUUACUUCAACCAUUAAGUUUUGACCUUAACGAAUUAAAUGAACUUUGUGAUAUUAAUUCAAUCAAAACAAUUGAACAAGCACAUUUAAUUAUUCACCAUUAUAUCACAUCAUUAA